GUGUGAGUUACACACCCACUUGCAACAAGGAGGGCCAAAUUCUAUUUCCAGUGAAUUUUCACAUAUAUAAACGGUUGUUACUCCUUUUAUACUCAACAAUAGCGUGCCGACGAAGUUUAUGAAAUACACCCGCCAAAUAACCCCUCGUCCCUAAUCUUCAAAUUCCAGAACCCUAAUUCCAACUCAAACCCUAACUUUGCUUGUUUAUCUCAAUGAAUAUCAUAUUGUAAACAAUUCAUUGAAUUAUUUAAUGGAGGAUUCUCAGCCUGAUUCGAAGAUUUUCAGUGUUCGAAUCGUAUCGAUUGAUUACUACAUGUCUCCACCGAUUCAGGGCCUUGAUUUCUGUUACAGUCGCUUUCAAGGUGGGAAGGUGAAUGAGGUUCCUGUGAUUAGAGUAUACGGGUCGACACCAGCUGGUCAGAAGACCUGUUUGCAUAUUCAUCGAGCUUUACCAUAUCUGUAUGUUCCUUGCUCGGAUAUUGUUCAGCAACCAGACCAGGAAGGUGAUGCUUGUGUGCAAGUGAUAUGUAAUGCCCUUGAGAAGGCACUGAAGCUUAAAGGUAGUGCUGGUUCAAAACGUCAGCAUGUGCAUGGCUGCAGUCUUGUCCAUGCAAGAAGGUUUUAUGGUUAUGAUGAAUCUGAGCAACUAUUUGCGAAGCUUUAUCUAUACCAUCCACAGGAUGUUUCGCGGGCAUCAAAACUUCUUUUGGGUGGUUCAGUUCUCGAGAAGAGUUUGCAGCCCCACGAAUCACAUAUUCCAUUUCUUCUCCAGUUCCUGGUUGAUUAUAAUUUGCAUGGAAUGGGGCACCUACAUGUAUCAAAGAUGAAGUUCCGCCAUCCAGUACCACAUGUUUUUACCAAGAAGAAGUUGACUUAUGAUGGGCAACAUAAACAGCAGAUGGAUAACUCUUUUAUGGCUACUAACUCUAAGGCAGAUUCAAGUGGUGACGCUUGUCUAGAGUCACCAAUCUGGCUUUCAUCCGUCAUUCCCGAUACUUGGAUGUGGCAUUUCCCGAGUCAAGAUCUGGAGGAUAGCCUUGCUAAACGUCAGAGUGUCUGUGAACUUGAAGGAGAUGCUGCUAUUGAUGAUAUUCUUAAUCAGCAAUAUAAGUUGUACUCAUCCCUGUCACAAACCCUUUCUGAUGUUCGAAUGGUCCAGUCACUCAUACCAAUUUGGGAGGAAUUUGAGAGAACUGGAAUGCAUACGGAAACCAUAUCGUCUGAUCCCGAAAAACCGAGCCCGCAGAAUGGUUUGAGUGCAUUAUCGAAUAAAAUCGAGUUUGAAAACAAGCUAUCGGAAUUGUGUGAUGCAGGAAAUUCCUUACCUUGUACUCCUGUCAAUAAUGAUCAAAUGUUAUCACAAUCUGUAAGAUCUUCAAGUGAUGGCAAAGACGUGAUUGAAAGUAGCAAACAUGUACAGUCAUUAAACAAAAUGGAUAUUGUGUCAUCACAGUGCCGCUAUAGCGCAGAAGAUCCUGAAGCUUUGAGACUUCUGAAUUGGCUAGCAUCUUCUCAGGCUGCAGAAGAUAUAAACUCCGAUGAUGAACUUAGACGGGAAACCAUUUUAAGCCCGUUAAUGCCCGCAACAACAAUUGACGAGGUACUGGAAAAAGCUGAUAUGGACUUUAUAAGUGCAUCCCAACAAGAAUGUCAAGACAUCCUUGAUUCUGUUCAAGAUGUAACUGAUGUAGAAUGUAAAACUAAAAGUGAAACCGAAACCUCUGCUACAGCUCUUGAUUGUAAUUAUUAUUCUCCUCAAUUAUCAUCCAAGGAAGAGAUCCCUCAAGUGGAUAGUAAAAAACCUAUUUAUCAUACUAAAAAGACACCUAAGACAGAGAAGAGCAAAGGAAAACGUCCGCUUUGGGGGUCUUUGCCUUUGUGUUCAACUGAAAAUGCAAAUGAUGGCCAGUCAGCGGAUGCGAAAGUUGGUAGAUGUGACAGUGAAAUAAGUAUUGGUACAGUAACUGGUGCAGGAAGUACAAUCGUUGGAUGCUCUGUUCGGGAUCUGAUGAGGAGAAAACGUUACCAUCGAGUCGAGCCUUCGAAAGUCGAAAUUCAUCAUGAUGUAAAGGCUGCACCAGACAAAGAAUCUAACGAAAGUAUGGACUUGACGUAUGAAGUCCCUGCAGUUGGAACAUCUUCAACGCUUACCCCUGGUUCAGAUGUGAAUAAGGCUGAAGAAAAAGUUGAGGAUAAAGACGUUGACGAGUGUGCCCCUUUCGUUGACGGGGACAAUCAAGAAGCUAUACACACUGGGUCUAAACCAGACGACUCCAUUUCUCAUCAAGAACAAUCCAUGGGUACUCCUACGCAUUACCGUGAUGAUGGUUCCUGUUUCUACAUGUUGACUCCUUCCUUUUUACCUCCAUCAACAGAUGAGGUUAAUAAAUGGCUAUUUCAUAAUGAGACUGAUGUCUUGAAAGAAAAUGUAAACGCGUUAACAGAAGAAUCUUUAUCGCCGAAGGGCUCUAUUGGCCAUGGUGUGGAUUCACAAAAUGUUUCUGCUGGCAUGCGUAAUGAGCCUCCUGUGGACCCCACCUCAGUGUCUACCAUUAAAACUAGUUUGGAUCAUGCAAAAACACCAGAUGUCUCUCAGUUAUCAGGCCCUGAAUGCAAAAAGCUUACGCCUUUGAGUCAGGCAGGCUUUAGGGAUCCUGCAAGCAUCGGUGCAGGACAGCAGCUGACUAUGUUUAGUAUCGAGGUGCAAGCAGAAUCUAGGGGAGACUUGAGACCAGACCCCCGAUUCGAUGCCAUCAAUUUCAUAGUAGUUGUUAUCGAGGAAGAUGAUGAGCUUGCAAUCAGUAGUUAUGUUCUCUUGCGUAGUGAGAUGACAGCUGUUAGAAGAAAUAUGGACGGUAUAAGUGGUUGCACGUUUAUACUUUGCAGCCAAGAGAAGCAGCUGUUCAAUGAGUUCAUGAAAAUCAUGAGUAUUUACGAUCCAGAUAUACUAAUGGGCUGGGAUAUCCAAGGCGGUUCAGUUGGUUUCUUAGCUGAACGAGCUGCAUUUUUGGGAAUCGGAUUGCUUAACAAAAUAUCUCGAACACCAUCACAACCAGUUUCAAAUGCAGAAGUUUCAGAUAUUCCAGAUGAAGUAAUGACGGGUGAUGUGCUCCCUGAAGCGUGUAAUUCUCAAACCGAUAUGCUAAACGAGGCAAUCAUUGAGGAUGAGUGGGGCCGAACCCAUGCAAGUGGGGUCCAUGUCGGUGGUAGAAUCGUCCUUAACGUUUGGCGUCUGGUUCGCAGUGAAGUUAAGCUUAAUAUAUACACAGCUGAAGCAGUGGCAGAAGCGGUUCUUAGACGAAAAAUUCCUUUUAUUCAUUGCAGAACGUUGACAAAGUGGUUUGCUAGUGGUCCUGGGAAAGCAAGAUAUAGAUGUAUAGAAUAUAUUAUUGAGAGGGCAAAAUUGAACUUUCAAGUGAUGAAUCAACUCGAUAUGAUAAACAGGACAUCAGAGCUUGCGCGUGUGUUUGGUAUCGAUUUCUUUUCUGUUCUUUCAAGAGGUUCCCAGUACCGUGUUGAAUCUAUGUUAGUGCGAUUGGCACACACACAGAAUUAUCUUGCGAUUUCUCCUGGAAGCCAACAGGUUGCUUGUCAACCAGCAAUGGAAUGCUUGCCACUUGUUAUGGAGCCAGAAUCUGGGUUCUACGCAGAUCCAGUUAUCGUUUUAGAUUUUCAGUCUCUAUAUCCAUCAAUGGUCAUUGCCUACAAUCUCUGCUUCUGUACAUGCCUCGGAAAGGUUUCACCAUCGAAGCCAAAUACGCUUGGUGUUACUUCAUACACGCCAGACCCAAAAGUACUACGCGGAUUGAAGCAUGACGUUCUACUUACUCCAAAUGGUGUAAUGUAUGUGCCUUCAAAGGUCCGGAAAGGUGUACUACCUCGAUUACUUGAUGAGAUAUUGUCAACACGAAUUAUGGUUAAGCAGGCAAUGAAGAAGUUGUCCCCUUCAGAUAAAGUACUUCAUCGGAUUUAUAAUGCAAGACAGCUUGCAUUGAAGCUAAUAGCAAAUGUGACAUAUGGAUAUACAGCUGCUGGUUUUAGUGGUCGCAUGCCUUGCGCUGAACUUGCAGACAGUAUUGUUCAGUGUGGGCGUAGAACACUUGAGAACGCUAUUUUACAUGUGAACACACAUGAUAAGUGGAAGGCUAAAGUUAUAUAUGGUGAUACUGAUAGCAUGUUUGUACUCGUACCAGGACGUUCUGUGAGUGAAGCGUUACAAAUCGGAAACGAAAUAGCAUCGGCUGUAACCAAGAUGAACCCUAGUCCAGUUGUACUGAAAAUGGAGAAGGUGUACCAUCCUUGCUUCCUUCUUACAAAGAAGAGAUAUGUUGGUUAUAGUUAUGAGAAGCCUGACCAACUCAAACCCGUCUUUGAUGCUAAAGGUAUUGAGACCAUACGCAGAGAUACAUGUGCAGCUGUUUCCAAGACAAUGGAGCGUUCCUUGCGAAACUAUUUUGAAAAUCAGGAGAUUAGUAAGGUGAAAUCAUACUUGGUACGUCAAUGGUCACGUAUUUUAUCCGGCAGAGUUUCAAUUCAAGAUUUUAUUUUUGCAAAGGAAGUUCGCCUAGGUACAUACAGUUCACGUGUUUCUUCCUUACCACCAUCAGCAAUAGUAGCUAUCAAAGCUAUAAAAGCCGACCCUCGGGCUGAACCACGGUAUGCAGAACGAAUACCUUACGUGGUGAUUCACGCCGAACCCGGGGCACGCCUAGUUGACAUGGUUGUCAAUCCGAUGGAACUCUUGGCAAUCGAUUCACCGUACAGAUUAAACGACAUGUACUAUAUCAACAAACAGAUAAUUCCAGCAUUGCAGAGGGUGUUUGGGCUUGUUGGUGUUGACAUAAGGCAAUGGUUUCUGGACAUGCCACGGCCCGUUAGAGAAUCUGUUGGGAAAAACCAGUCUUAUGGCCCGAAUUCUAACCGGACCCGGAUCGAUUACUAUUAUCUUUCUAAACACUGCAUCAUGUGUGGGGAGAAGGUCCAGGCAUCUGCAGCACCUUUAUGUGGUAAAUGUUCAAAAAAUGGAGCAGCUGUCGCGGUUGCAGUAACCGCAAGAACCGGCAAGAUGGAAAGAGAGAUUCAACACCUUGCUGCCAUAUGCCGGCACUGUGGAGGCGGCGACUGGGUUAUAGAAAGUGGCAUAAAAUGCACAUCGCUUGCGUGUUCCGUCUUCUAUGAAAGGCAAAAGGUUCGGAAAGAGUUGCGGUUUUUCUCAAACUUUGCCACGGAGUCGGGUUUGUAUCCUAAGUGUAUGGCAGAGUGGUUCUAGACUAUUAUAUUAAAGCAUGUUGUAUAGGGGCACCUUUGAGAACCGCAUAAUGUAUUUGUACAUAGCGUAAAGGAGAUAACUAGAAGUAGUGGGAUAGAUAAACAUAGGGGGUUAAAGUUAAAUAACAAUAUUGUGUAUCACAUUCAAAGCAAUAGGUACAAGUACAUUAUGUGGUUCUUUUGUUUUUAAAAUAUAAUUGGUUCUAAAACGAA